AUGCUGAGCUCCUCUGCUUCAGCACAAAAGGGCAUGACCCCUCCGAGCCAGCCUUCCCAGCAUAACCUCCCUCAGCAAUUGUCAGGCCGCACGAGCUUUGAUCGGGGUGAUUCCGGCCUCCAACCUCCUAAUGGCGCCAAUGCCCGUAACUUAUCAGCUUCGGCUGUCUCCUUCGGAGCCAGGGGAAGUAAUCUCAAUGUCGCUCCCGGCAGCUUCAGUUCAGAAUUGCGCAGUCGGGCUGGAAGUAAGACUGAUGCGGGGUCAAUAUACCCGAGCAGCUUCAUGGACAAGGUGGAUGAGGACGACUCGGAGACAAUAGCGGAACAAGCUCUGGCUAAUCUCAAAGAACGACUCAACCGUGAGAUGAAAAUCAAGGAGGGUAGCGAGAACAUGCUCGAGGCGCUGAACUCUAAGAAAGCGAAGCAGACCAAGGAGCAACGGCAAAAGGUUGAGGCAGAACUCAAUGCCAGUAACUUGCGGAUCAAAGACCUUCGACAAAAGAUUUCCGAUGUUCAACGAACGCGACAAAUUCCACCAGCCACGCCGCAGAGAAACCGUACCCAAAGUAAUGUUGUCGAAUCUGCAAGGCCUGUUGGGCUACGCUCACCACAGAGUGUGGCGCGAUCUGUUGUGGACUCUGACGCUGAGGAGCCAACAGAAAGCCCUACCUUUGCGCUCACAGAGCUCCUUCAAGCUUUGGAGGUUGAGGGCAUGAUGCCCGAGUAUUAUGUGUCACGGGGGAAUCAGCUGGUUGAUCUUCUCAAGCGAUAUCCGACUCUCAAAUAUGACUUGGUCUGGUCAAUCUUUGGGCUCCGCAUGCAGGUCAUGCUUCUGAGCGAAAGCCGCGAGGUUGUGGCCGCUGGCUAUCGAAUGAUUAGAUAUGCCAUUUCAGACGUGGCAUCCCUUAAGAAGAUACGUAGUCUGAACACUGAUUACUUGGUUAUACGAUCAUUGAAUAACUAUCGAAAAGCGGAUGUCGAACGUGAGCAGGCUCUCAAGUUCGUCCGCGCAUUCCUGGAUGUCAAAGGCGGAGUGAAGGAGAUAUCUCGAGCAGUCGUACGCACAAUCGUUGCAGUUGCAGAGCAUGGAGAAGACCGACGGGCAAAUCCUCAACCUGCCGAGGGGGAUGUAGACCGCUUGCGACCUAUCUGCAUCGAGACACUGGCAGAAAUCGUGGUGCAGGAUCCAGCACUCUUGGUGGCAUCUGGUGGUUUGGGACCGUUGACUGAGGCUCUUUCAGAAGGCGUUUACAAGGCUCCUGAGAGUUUGACCUCUGCGUUCUUGUACUUGCUCGAUUCGCCUCGGAAACGCAAGUACAUACAGCCCGGAUAUGGUCUGGAAGUGUUGUUUACUGUCUUUACCGACCACCUGCUUACCAAUGAGAGCGUCAUGAAGCAAAACGCCAAAGCCAUCGCGACAGCUAUGAAAUCAUGGCCGGGGCUGAUGGCUUUAUGCAUGUAUGACCUACGGACAAUUCGAUCCUUGGUCACGAGUAUGCUGUUACCCAGCGAUAUUGUUCGCGAGACUAUCCUUGAUCUCAUCUUUUCCCUAUUGCGAAUUAAGCCACCAGCUUGGGCAACAUCAUUCCUUGCUGGCAGAAGACUGACGACAUAUGGCAGAGUAGCCAACCUGAAGUCUACCCAGAAGGACAGGAGUCACUCGCAGUUCACAGAAGAGGACAGUGGUGAACAGAACUUUGUCGAGCACUACACGGCACUAUUACUCGCUGUCCUUAUCCGGGCAGAUCUUCUUCCAGUCCUUUUGAAAAUUGCUCAAGAAGAUAGCAACCCAACACUACAGCGCAAGACCACUUUACUAAUUAGUGAGGUACUUAAGCUUGCGAGCCGUCUCUUGCCUCCAUCCUGGAGUUCUGAACUUCACCUCUUGCCGGAGCUCUUCUCUUCAGCAGCGAACAUCGGCAACAAUGAUCACUGGGUCGCAUCAGGGAUUGUUUACCAAAUAAGUAGUGUCAGUCGUACACUAUACAGAAGCACGCCAUCUGGUGCUUUGUCCGGUGCGUUCUCGUCGGGUAACAACUCGACUGAGCUGUCCGCGAUCGACGAGGCGCCAAAAUCACAUCAAUCUUUGGUCUUCGACGAUGCUACGUUCAGGCAACUGCUGAUCGACAGCAACGUACUAAAUAGUUCUAACUAUGCCAAGUGGAAUUGGGACACGAUCAUUAAGAUCAUCGACGGGCCUUUGCAGAGCGGCAAGCGACUUGAAGAGGCUAUCAAGGCUUCCAAGUUCAUGAAGAGAAUCAUCAGCUUUUACCGACCUUUCAAAUACAGGUUUGCGGAGGUCAAAAACACACGAGCCACCCAAAAAUAUGUGCGGGCUGGAUGUGCCCUUAUGCACUCGUUGCUCCAAUCUCCUGAAGGAGUCAAGUUCCUGGCAGACAGCAAAUUACUUAGACAAAUCGCGGAAUGCCUAGCACAAUGCGACCCGACAAGUGGACUUACAGCUCAAUUCCCAAUGUUCUCAAGAGACCGAGUAACCGAUACACUAAGUGCGGGUUACUUCUCGAUGCUCGGCGUCCUAAGCGGCGAUCCCAAGGGACUCCAACUAAUAGAGCGGUGGAGGAUGUUCAAUAUGAUGUAUCACAUCGUGGACUUGAAGCAGAGACCUGACCUUAUCAAGCUACUUCUCUCCAGUUUUGACUACAGUAUUCAGGGUCAUCCUCGCGUCUUGGUUUCAAAGGCCCUGACAGCAGGUACAAAGGAUAUUCGUAUUCAUGCGACCAACGCCCUUCGAAAAUACGCUAUUCGUCCUGUGCCAUCGGCCAAUGGACAAGGCGGAGUUGGUGACUCUAAAUGGGCCAUUCAGCUUUUGGUUACACAACUUUACGAUCCUGAGAUUGAAGUGUGUGCAACAGCUGUCAAGAUCCUGGAGAAAGCUUGUAAUCGCAAGACCUACUUGGAGUAUAUUGUCGAAUGCAGGCCCGCUCUUGACCACCUGGGCGAAAUUGGAGCACCUUUACUACUCCGCUUCUUGUCAACAUCCAUUGGAUACCAUUACCUUGAUGGGUUGGACUACAUCAGCAACGAAAUGGACGACUGGUUUUUGGGACGGAACGACACGUACGUCAGGGUUAUUGAGGCAAGCUUGGCAAGGGCUUUUCUCAUUGACCCAGAUGAAAACAAUCCUCGGAUGAGCUUGUUCGACGACGGUGAGAUGGAUGGGGACUACCAUGAUAGUCACGUGCCACCACACUUCUAUCGAGAGUUAACUCGUACCCAAGAGGGAUGCAGACUUCUCAGUGACAAGGGCCACUUUGAGGAUUUCGCAGCUACGAUCCGCGAGCAUGGGAUGGGAAAGGGAGAUGCAGAGAUUCUUACCAAGGUGAAGGGAUGUCUUUGGGCAGUUGGUAACGUCGGAUCGAUGGAGCUUGGAGCCCCCUUUCUGGAAUCAAGCGACGUGGUUGAGCACAUCAUCCAGAUUGCUGAGCACCACGAAGUGAUGAGUUUGCGUGGCACUGCAUUCUUCGUACUCGGAUUGAUAUCUCGCUCUACGCACGGUCUGGAGAUUCUGUCUGAGCACGGCUGGGAUGCCAACACGACACCCAUGGGCACUUCGCUGGGAUUCUGCAUUCCCAACAAGUUAUCCAAGCUACUAUCACUAACUCCGUGGAAGCAAAAAACAGUGACAUCGAUUACUUUGCCGCCGAGUCAGCGCACAGCCCAAGAACCGCCGCCUCGUCGUGCUGCUCGGCCACCUCUUGAACCAGCCGAACUACCGGCUCUGUUGAGCGAAGCAGAUGUCAACAGGAGAGUCUUGGAGCUCAUUGUGGAUCUAGGAAAUAUGGUUCUUUAUAAGAAAGCCCUCACAGAUCUUCAGAAGUUGCGGUCACGUAAGCCAAGCGCCUUCCGAAGUACACAGUUCUUCAAGGAGGUGAUGAGCGCAAUGGAGUGGAAUCACUACCGGUUAGGUGUGAGGAGGAUGGUCAUAGACCUAUUUGAUAAGAACGUGAUGCGACAAAUCAUUUUUGACGAGGAUGAGGAAGACGACAAUGAUAGCAGUGACGACGAUAGUCAGGAGGACAGUGAAGAAAGCGGCGAAGGCGAGAACAGUUCUGGCGAUGAUAGGACAGAGAGGCAGCGCAGUAUCAGUGAACCUCUGGCACCCCCACCAGAUCUUACACCAGCGCCUCUUAGGUUGAGACGAUAA